ACUUCGUUCGGCGGUGCACACGUGACCCGGAAGGCGGGCGGGGCCAUGCCAGGCGCGGGCUGGAGGCAGCACGUGCGCGCGGAGCUGCAGCGGCGGGAGCGGCGCGCGCGGGGCCUGCGGGUGCUGCUGGAGCGACAUGAAAAGCUUCAUGGCCGCCUGGAUGCUCUGCAGACCCUGCUGGCGGCAGAGGAGAAGGGGCAGUGGCCGGCAGCAGUGGGGUCCUGCCGGCCCCCCCAGGAACUGGCUUCCAUCCGGGUGCAGCAGGAGAUGGAGCUGACCGAACUCCGGAGAGAGAGAGAGGAGUUGUGCCAGCGGGUCGCCCUCCUGACGGACAUCCUGAAGGAGACGGAGGCAGAGAACAAGGAGCAGCGGGCGAACUCUGGGACCCGGUGCUUUCUGCUCCUCCGCAGGAUGAGGCGCCUGGCCCAGGAUUUGGCUGCCCUGACCCGGCGGCACGAGGAGGCAGAGUGCCAGGCCUGGGCGCUUUCCCAGGAGGCCGAGGGGCUGCGCCGGGAGCUGGCCGAGGCGCAGGGACUCAUGCAGGAGGCGCAGCGGAAAAGGGAGGAGCUAGAGGCGCGUUGGGUGCGGGAGAAGGCGCUGGAGGCCGGCCGGGUGAACCAGGCCAACGAGCAGCACGACCGGUAUCAGCAGAGAGUCCGGCGCCUCCGAGAGAAGCUGCAGGAGGCCAGGGAAGCGGCCGGCAUGAUUCCCCGGCCAGAAUCGUCCCCCAGUGACAGCACCGUCAGCACAUCUUGCGAGGAAACCAGCGCAGAAGGUGGGAGCAGCCCCCAGGUUUCAGAAGCAGGGCAAGCCGAGUCCAGCCCUCCCCAGGCCUCAUCCCCUCUGGGUCAGCGUGGGGCAGCAGGUCUGAUUCCCGAGGCAGCCCCUGCCCUGUGAAUGCAGCCUGGCCCUUUCCGAGGAACGUCUGUACGGCCGCCGUCGGUGGGCUCGCUCAGUGGUCACAGCACGCUUGCAGUUGCACCC